GUCAAACUGAGUGAUGUGGCCUAGCCAGAAAAUGAAGUUUUCCCCGUAUGUUAUAAUUUCUAUAUUAUUAUUGAGUUUAGUUAAUACAACGUUGUGUGUAUUAUCGGAUAAACGAAAAUGUGGAGAUCCUGCAUGUCUAGAACCAGUAUCUACUGGCAGAACUCUUGUAGAUUACCCAAGUGGAGACAGAGAUAUUUUAUCUUUUAAGAAAAACGUUAAAGUGAUAGUUUUUUCAAAGUCUGCAGGAUCUAGAGAAGAUCUAUGGGGGGUUGAAAUUAAUGGUGUGAGAGGCUAUGUUCCUAAACGUUUUGUAAGGGAAGAUAAAAUAUUGAAAAGGAAUUUGGAUUUUAUUGUUGAUGUAAAUGUUAAAUUAGAUGCUUCUGAUGUUAAAAGCAACAUUCCUGAAACAAUCGUUGAAACUAAAACAGAAGAGCUACAGGCUCCUCCUGUUGAAAUUAAAAAUACUGCAGAGGAUCAAGCAGACAAAAUUCAUGAUCUUAAACCAGAGCCAACUAAUUAUGAAGUUAUUGGUCAAACCACCAUCUAUUAUUCAGAUGAGGACAAAGAUUCUUUUACAACAUCUGAUGAAAUUACUACAUUGAAAACAACUAUAGUUCCAGAGCAAAAUAUUGAAGAUUCUUUGUCCGAAUCUUCAAAAGAUUCGACAAGCAAUGAAAUGCUUCUGCAGGAUUCACCACUGCCAAAAACUGAAGAAGUAAAAAAUGUAACAAAUUCUAACUAUGAAACAAAUAAAGUGGACAUUAAUGUGAACUCUGAUUUGGCAGAUGACAAAAUAAUUAGUGUAGGUAGUAUAGAUAAAUUGAAUAUUAAUUUAGAAAUAAAUGAUGCACCAAAAUUAGGUGCAAAUCAACUUACAACUCCAGAAGAUGUAGUAGAUAUUAAACAGGAAAUAUUAACUGCUCCUAAUUUAGAAGAAAAAGUUGUUGUAGAUGAUAUUUCAAAAAAUAUUGAAGAUGGAAUCAAAAUUGAUGUCAAGCAUUUAUCAUCAGAAGAAAUUAUUGAAAAGGAGGUACAAGCAAGUACAUUGCAAACCCAGGAUGUGAUAUUAGAAAGAAUACAAAAUUCUGCAGAGACAGAAAAUAUAAUGCAUAAUGUUUCAGAUGGUAGUGAGGCUGAUAUCAAGACUGUUGUUGACGAGCAAAAGAAUGUAUUGGAAAUUCCAAGUGUACUGUUAAAUGAAAAUAUUGCUAAAGAAGAUGUAAUUAUUGCAAAUGCUAGUUCUGAAUCAAUAAAAGAUGAUAUUAAAAAAGAAGUUCAAAACUCUGAAGACUUGUUGAAAGCGGAGCCGGAAAUAAAAAAUGAUGCUGUUGAACUAUCAGCACAAAUAAAUAAUACAGUAGUGCAAGAUUUGCCUAUUGAUUCAGAAGAACUCAGUACAAGUCAACCAUCUAUGAUUAUCGCGGAAUCUGUUACAACAAGUUUGCCUUUUGUUAGUGCUCAUGAUAUUCCACCAAGUAAUAUUGAUAUCAAAAAAUCUUCAGAAGUUAUUGUUAAUGAAAUCAUUGAACCAUCUCCUUUAAAUGGUGCUGGAAUCAAUUCUGACAUGCCUGUUGUAGAUAAUAAGUUAUUAAAUAUCGAUUAUCAUGUUAAAAAUACUGGUUUACCUGUUAUAAAUGAAAUACCUUUAUCAGAAGACAAUUCAAUGCAAGACCAAGAAAUACCAAUUAUGACACCCAAUAUAAAUAUUGCCAGCUCGGGUAUUCAAAAUAAUUUAGCUGAUGAUCCAUUAUUAAAAGGAAGCAAUGAAGAUAUAAGCAACAAUUUAAAAGAUUCUCUGAAAUUACUUCAAGAAGACUUGUAUCCACCUUUCAAAAAAAAUUCUGAUGAUCAUAGUGUAGCAGAAAAUGUUGAAACUAAUAAUAAAAUCAAUGAUAUUGAACAAAAUUUGCAAUUUGAUUCUUUAAAACAGGAUGAAAUAAAAUUGAUGACUGAAAUUGAAGAAAAUAAAGUAGAAGCUAAAGGAACUGUUGAAGAAAUUAAUUAUGGAAAUCUGAAAGAAAAUAUAGAACACUCACAACAAGAAGAAAUGCAAAGUAAUUCUGGCAAUGAAAUGGAGACUAGCUUUUUUGGUUGGGUGCAUGAUUUAAUAUUUACAAAACCCGAAAGUAUUGAAAUAAAGCCAGACAAUCAUGAGGAAUUGAACCACAUGUUGGAUGAUGGGCAUGAUGCUUUGUUGUCACGAAUGCGUAGAGAUGAAGAAGUUUGUGCAGCAGAUAAUUGCAAGGCUUCAAACAUUUUAGUAGAAUCAGAUACAUUAUUUUCAACUUCGUCCAUUGAUAAUAUGAUAGUAAAUUCUGGUACAACUAUUAUCUAUUUAAGUGUAACAGCAGUCACUGUUCUUAUAUUUACUCUGGGAUAUUAUUUUAUUGAGAAAUGGAGACAAGAUGGUAGUUUAUUGAGGAAAGUUAAUACACUUGAACAAGCGCUGAUGGUAUCAUCUAAGGAGUGUGAAAUAUUAAGGGAAAAACUAGAUUCAACACAAACUAAACUUACAAGCAUCAAAGAAGGUGCAUUUGGUUCUAAUGAAGAAGUCAUUUCACUUCAAGAAGAAAAGAAAAAAUUAGAAGCUACUAUUUUAGAUAAAGAGAGGCAAUUAAUGGAUUUGCAAAAGGAAUUUGAAGCUGCUACUGAGACUGGAUUGGAAUUAAAUAAAAUGCUUCAGGAUAUGAUGAUGACUGCUCAAAAAGGGGAUACUAUCGCUGAAAGUAUGGAACAUGCACAAUUGCAAUUAAAUGAACAAAAAGAAACAAUAAAUUCAAUGAGUGCUGCUUUAGCUACAAGAAAUAAAGAAAAUAAUGAUUUACAAUCAAAAUUAAACGAAUAUGAAAAACAAAUUGAAACAGCCCAAAAACUGCUAAAUCAAGAAAAAAGUUCAAAUUUAUUGCUCAAGGAAGAGCAAUUGAAAUACCAAGAGCAGCUGCAACCUCUUCAGGAUCAACUAUUAAAAAUUAGGGAAGAAAAUGCAUAUGAAAUUCAGCAGGUUCGAUCUGUUUUGACUGAAACCCAAAGAGAUUUAUAUACUAAAACAAAUCAAGUACAGCUUUUGGAGGACUGUAUAAAAAAACUAAAAAGUGGAAGUCAACUAGAUGUUACAGAAUUAGCUGAUAUUGCUGGACUUCGGUCAGAUUUACAGAGAACAACAACUGAGUUACAAAUUUUGAAAGAACAUGAUGCACAAGAAUCUUUGUUGAAAAAAAAAUUAGAAGAAAAUGUAAAGACAUUAAUGAAUGAAAUAGAGGCAUUAAAAGAAGAGCAUCAUAAAGCUGAAAAAGAUAAAAUGGAAGCUCAGACACGUUUGGAAGUUUUGUCUGGAUAUUUUAAAGAAAAAGAAACGCAAUUACAGAAAGAGCUUGGUAUACAAGAAGCAUUAUGGCAACAAAAACAAGGAGAAGCAACCAGCACAGUAGAACGCUUACACUCAAUGCAAGAUGAAAUCCAAUCAUUAAAAUCUCAAAAUCAAUCCCUGCACUCAGAAAUUGAGCAACAGGCCGCAGCACAUCGAAGCCAAGUAACUGCUCUGGAGAGUAGGAUCCACGAAGCAUGGCUAAACUCUCGUCAAACGCAACGAAAACUCGAAGAAAGCCGACAGGAAGCAAGUUCUUUACGAAGAAAGCUUACUUCACUUGUCGAACAAGAAAACAUGCAGAAAAGAGGUUCCUCACCAUUGGAAGUUCAACUAUCAGCUCAAUCACCAAUUCUCAUGAAUUCUGCUGUUUCUCCAAUUCUUCCACCACCUCCAUUACCAUUUCUACCUCCACCAUUCCUUCCCCCACCGAUAGGAAAUCAUGCAGCACCUCCACCACAUUUCAUGCCCCCAUUCAUGGGUGACAUGCGACCUCCUCCAUUAGGAAGAUUACCAAGUCCCCCAAGACAACGUAGAGGACACUAUUCACCCAGCAUGGCUAGCGAGAGAUACUCACCCGAAUCAAGGGCUUACAGUCCAGAAAGCAGGGCUUAUAGUCCAGAUUCUAGAGCUUAUAGUCCAGAUUACAGGAGGCCUAUUUCGCCUUAUGAUACAGAGACUGAUAUCAGCCCUCCAACAUCACCAUACAGGAAUAAAUACAAUUCACAUGCCAAUAGACGGGAUGAUUCUCGGAAGUUGAGUAAAGGAAUGAUUAGUGCUGAGUCUAAUGAAACUGUAAAUAGAAAUGGAAGAAAUCAUACAUCAAAGGCUGUAUGAAGAGGCAAGUAUGUAUGUGAUUAAAAGAUGAUGAAACCAAAAUCUUAAUUGGCAUUUAUUUGUAUAUUUGUUAUUAUCAGAUAAUAUAUGAAUAAUAGGAUAUAUAACUUUUAUUUAAGUUAAAAACUUUUAUAUUGAAUCAAAAUAAUUAUACAGAAAUAAAUCUUAGGAUUAAGUACUUAGAGCAAACCUUGAAUUUUAUAUUAG